GCGAUGGAGCACCUACUGGUAACUAUGGCUAUACCAAUAGUGGAUACAGUGUUUAUGAAGAAGAAAAUGAAAGGUUAACAGAAAGUCUGCGUACAAAAGUCAGUGCCAUUAAAUCACUUUCCAUUGAAAUUGGAACAGAAGUUAAAAACCAAAAUAAAAUGUUAUCAGAAAUGGAUAAUGAUUUUGACUCUACGGGUGGCCUUCUAGGUGCAACUAUGGGCAGACUGAGAACACUCUCCAGAGGAAGCCAGACAAAGCUAUUAUGCUAUAUGAUGCUCUUUGCAUUGUUUGUUUUUUUUGUAAUAUACUGGAUUAUUAAAUUGAGGUGAUGCAUGUUACCUUUGGUUUAAAUUGUGUAAUUUCAACUAUAAAGCAGUCUUAAUUAAUGAAGACAUUGAUCUGAAGUAUUCUGUUCAUAAAACACAGUGAAAUUGUUGUAAAUUGCAUUAACUAUUAAUGCAAUUUCUUAUAUAGUUUUCUUAAUGUCUCAAUUUUGCCCCUCAUCCCCUGUUUUGGGGGGGAUUGUAAAUAUGCAGAAACUGC